AUGAGGGUUACGGUCUGGCCGGCGGGUAGUCUAGAGGACCGCCCACCGCCCGAUCCCACGUCCCCGGGGUCCCCUGAUACAGGGGAGCUGGGGAGCGGGUUGUGCCGAGAGCAGACGAAUCCACUCGGCAACGUCACGAAGUCCGCGAUCAACCGCACCAGUCCCGCUAGCGAGACCAUUGCCGAGAGACCGCGGAACCUGGCAAUCGGAAAGAAUGCUUCCCGAUCCUCCAUUCAUACUCACCUCUUGGAUACCACGUCGCCGGAGUCCCCUGCUGCAGAGGAGCUGACGAGUGGUAUUGCCGCCGAGUGUCCUGCGUCCCCAGAGUUCCUGCGAACAAAAUUAGGAGAGCAGGAAGCCAGCGCACCGCAGGUGUGCCAGGAGAGUCCUGAGGCCCCGCUCACACACACACACACCAUACCCAGCCAGCCGAGAGUCCGAAGACCACAGGGCCAGCCCCCUUUCGUGAGUCCCACGAUCCAACCCCACAUUCACUCAAACUCACGCACGCACACACAUGCACGCGCACAUUCAAGCUCCCCAAGGGAGUCCCAUGUAGACCGACCGCGAGACUUCCUCCCCCCCGGGCUACCGGAAUUCCUGCUCCCGAACGAAACGCCGCGCGAACGCAACUUCACGCCCGGUGUUGAGCCAGAGGGUGGUCCUGCCCCGGACGAGCCAGCCCAUUGCGAGCCACAGUCCGAAGACCGCAAGGAGCUGGGGAGCGAGAUAGUGCCGAGAGCAGAACGAGUCCACUCGGCAGAACGAAGGAUCCUGCCCCCGAAAUCCCCUUUUCAGAGGACAGGGGAGCAAGAUGACCGACACACCGAGACCGGCACGCCAGCCCCUUCGCACAGAUUCCGAGAAGGAGCCCUAGCCCACGGAUGGGGGUCCUCGGGCCCCUCUCCCACACACACGCCGGCCAGCCCAGAGUCUAACGACCACAAGGCCGGCCCGCACUCACCGGCCAGGCCAUACGGCCACACGACCGCGCCGCCCCUAAAGUCCCACGAUCCAAUUGCGCAGGCUCCGACAACGAAACCCACGCAUCCAGACCAUGAGACUAUCCCCACCCCUGCGGAUAUUAGCCGCCGAAGAAAGACGCCUGCUAUGCAAACAUCGUUCUCCGUCGUUGCCCAGAUUGCACCAAGCCCGGCUGCUACCCUUCCCCCCGGACCGUAA